UUUGUUCAGACAAUUAGUUUGGUGUCAAAUCAGUAGCCGAUCCAUGUCUUCAGGCAAACCAUGGGUGGUGUUUGUAUUGGGCGGACCCGGAGCUGGAAAGGGUACCCAAUGUCACCUAAUCUGUAAGGAGUUCGGUUUCACUCACUUGAGUGCCGGCGACCUCUUGAGAGCCGAACGAAACACCGAAGGAUCACAAUUUGGGGAACUCAUCGAAACCCAUAUCCGGAACGGGACUAUAGUUCCCGUUGAGAUCACUUGCAAACUCUUGGAGAGCGCGAUGCAGAAGAGCUCAUCCGCUCAACACAACGGCGGCGCCGGCGACGAGCCGUCCGACGGAAGGGUUGGCAAGUUCUUGAUCGACGGCUUUCCCCGAAACCAAAACAAUUUGGACGGAUGGCAGACAGAGAUGACACACAAAGUAGAUCUCAAGUUUGUCCUCUUCUUCGACUGUCCGCGCGAUGUAUGCGUUCAGCGAUGUCUGAAACGAGGAGAGGCUGGCAGUGGUCGCAGCGAUGACAACGCCGAGAGUCUCAACAAACGGAUCAAUACAUAUUUGACGGACACUUUGCCGAUCAUCGAGUAUUACGGCCACUCAUCUCUGGUCCGCAAAGUGAACGCAAACCUUCCUCCGGACCAAGUCUUUGAAAACGUGCGGCAAAUAUUUGACGCAUUGAAGUGACGCCAAAAACUAGUGA